GUCCUCCCUGCGUCAGACGGCUCCAUUCAUGAAAAGUGUGACGUGAGCAGGUCUUCAGCGACCCGGUGACGAUGCCGCCCACCCACUCACAGCCCAGGUGCUGCGGGAGUUAGAGGAAUGUCUGUCAUUCUCCAGCCUCUGUCUCCCUCGUUUUUUCCCCCCUUUCUCUUUUUUCUCGCCGUUUUCUCUCGCAUCCCGGCCACCAGUUCAGUCUUCCUCAACCGGCUUUCGUUUUUCUUUUUGUUUCAUCUCUGCCUCAGAGCUGAGAAAGGACCAUGAAUCUGAGCUCUGUCUGCUGUGACUUUCAGUAUUCAGACAACCCACUGUGUUAGGACGUGUCCCUCUCAUCAUCACUGGGCAGCCCAUGCACAUGCACGACACCAUGGGUAGCUCCCCCGAGGUGCUCUCGUGGACUUCUUGCCCUAGUCUGCUGGUGGGCAAGCUGAAGGAGGAGCUGAAACUCACUGUGGUUGGGGACGCCAUGAAGAAAUCAAACUCGCCCAAUUCCCAACCUCAGCCUCCUCAGGCUCCUCUCUCUAAUUUACCUCCUCAGAUUAUCACAGACCUCGCCCCGCCGACACACCUGCCCGUUCCCCUGCAGACGCUGCAGACUCCUGGUCAGGAUGAGGAGUCUGUGUUGGGAGGUAUUAGCCCAGCGAACACGGUUUUGAGUGUGGACUCCACACGGAGCGAAGGCGGACACUUUGACAACAGCGUGUUGCAGCUGCAGGAACAAGAGCACGAGGAAGCCGGGUCGCCGGCGUCCUGUGAACAUGGAGGGUGUGGCAGUGGCAUGGACGAACAGACAGGAGACGGGGACUGUCCCGUGGACCACAAUGGAGAGGGGAGACCGAGCCACCCGCAUCACCCUGAUGACAUCAAGCUGCACUUCCAGAGAGCAGGGCCUGGAUCAGGGGGCUUCUUGGAGGGACUGUUUGGUUGUCUUCGGCCUGUCUGGAACAUCAUUGGGAAGACGUACUCGACUGAAUACAAGCUACAGCAGCAAGACAUGUGGGAGGUUCCGUUUGAGGAGAUUUCAGAGUUGCAGUGGCUGGGCAGCGGCGCACAGGGAGCUGUCUUCUUGGGAAAGUUCCGCUCUGAGGAGGUGGCCAUUAAGAAAGUGCGAGAGCAGAAGGAGACGGACAUUAAACACUUGCGAAAACUGAAGCAUCCCAAUAUCAUCAGCUUCAAGGGUGUGUGCACCCAGGCACCUUGCUACUGCAUCAUCAUGGAGUACUGUGCACAGGGCCAGCUGUAUGAGGUGCUGAGGGCAGGGAGGAAAGUGACCCCCAGACUGCUGGUGGACUGGGCCUCGGGCAUCGCCAGCGGCAUGAACUACCUACACCUGCACAAGAUCAUCCACAGAGAUCUCAAGUCUCCCAAUGUUUUGGUCACCCACAGCGACACUGUGAAAAUCUCUGACUUUGGAACGUCCAAAGAGCUCAGUGACAAAAGUACAAAGAUGUCCUUUGCGGGAACAGUGGCAUGGAUGGCUCCAGAAGUGAUAAGAAAUGAGCCUGUGUCUGAAAAAGUAGACAUCUGGUCAUUUGGUGUUGUGUUAUGGGAACUGCUUACCGGAGAGAUUCCCUACAAAGAUGUUGACUCUUCUGCCAUCAUUUGGGGUGUUGGCAGUAACAGUCUUCACCUUCCUGUUCCCUCCACCUGCCCAGACGGGUUUAAAAUCCUUAUGAAGCAAACAUGGCAAGGCAAGCCCAGGAAUCGGCCUUCUUUUCGUCAGAUUCUCCUACAUCUCGACAUUGCCUCUGCUGAUGUUCUAGGAGCUCCUCAGGAGACCUACUUCAAGUCUCAGGCCGAAUGGAGGGAGGAAGUGAAGAAGCAUUUUGAGAAGAUCAAAAGCGAAGGCACUUGCAUCCACAGGCUGGACGAGGAGCUGAUCAGACGCAGGAGGGAUGAACUCAGGCAUGCACUGGACAUCCGGGAGCAUUAUGAGAGGAAACUGGAGAGAGCCAACAACCUCUACAUGGAGCUCAGCGCCAUCAUGCUGCAGCUGGAAGUCCGAGAGAAGGAACUGAUGAAGAGAGAGCAAGCAGUGGAGAAGAAGUAUCCCGGGACCUACAAGCGUCACCUGGUCCGACCAAUUGUCAGGUCCAACGCUGUAGAGAAGCUCAUCAAGAAGAAAGGAAGCAUUUCACAUAAACCUGGCAUGCCUCCUACCAAAAGGCCAGACUUGCUUCGCUCUGAUGGCAUCCCCAGCGUUGACCCUCUCCCUUCCCCCUCACCUCUGUCUGCCAGCCCAAAGGUCUCCACGCCUCCUGGCAAAGCCCGCUACCGAAGCAAGCCUCGUCACCGCCGCGCCAACAGCAAAGGCAGCCACAGUGAGUUCUCCGCCGUGCUAAAACCUGUCAUUGGGGCACCGGAGGACACCCAGUCUCUCCAGGAGCAGACGUUCCACCAUCACCACCAUCACCACCACCACCUCCCACCCACCGAGGGGCCAUUUCUCCCCCUGAAAGGUCGUGAGGAGGCUGUUGUCAACUGUGCCAACAACCUGCGCUACUUCGGCCCCGCUGCCGCCCUCCGUAGCCCCCAGACUGAUCACAUGCAGCGCCGUGUUUCUGGCUCCAGCCCUGACCUUAUUUCCACUGCUAUGGAUGCAGACACGCGACAACGGACUUCAUCCACCAGCUCCAAUCCUGUACCAGGUGCUGGUGCUGGUUCUUUAUGUCCCUGCUGCCAGGCUCACCCCUUCCCCGGCUGCCUACACUGUCAGGAGACCCCUCCUGCAUCAAACCACCCAGAGUUGCCCCAUUACUCCUUGCUUAACACCCAAGAAACCACCCAGUCUUCUUCAGGGGUGCCCAACAAAGAUACAGCCUCGGAUGGAGAGGGAACAAAGAAGACUGAGCCACAAGAACAGGAUGCGUCCCAACAGACACACACCCUGCCCACUGCGCUGCCCCGCACUCUCAGGCCGCUCAGGAAGGGUGGUGAUGAGUCAUCUGAAGAAGAAGAGGGAGAGGUGGAUAGUGAAGUGGAGUUUCCAAGGAGACAGAGACCUCAUCGCUGCAUGAGCAGCUUCCAGUCCUACUCCACCUUCAGUUCAGAGAACCUGUCAGUGUCUGACGGGGAGGAGGGGAACACCAGUGACCACUCACACAGCGGACCCCUGGAGAGGAUGAGCGCCAGUCAGGAGGAGCACCUGGAUGAGCUGCUGUCGCACACACCAGACAUCCCCAUUGACAUCUCCACCCAGUCAGACGGCCUCUCUGACAAGGAGUGUGCUGUCCGCAGAGUGAAGACACAGAUCUCACUGGGAAAACUGUGCUCUGAUGAACACAGCUAUGAGAACCCGCUCCAGUUCGGGGACUCGGACUGUGAUUCAUCAGAAGCCGAGUGCUCCGAUGCCACAAUUAGAAACAACAAAGUCGGGGCUCCUUCCUCGUGGUGAAACUCGCCCCAGGGCUCAGCUCUGUUUUUGCCUGGAGGGCCGUCAUAUUCCACUCUGCUCCGCAGAAAACACAGCAAUAAGAGGACAUCAUUGUAAACAAAGCUCCCUAUCGCAAAGUCCAAUGUAAUCUCUCCCAGAAUCCCCCUUCCCCUUCCUCCAUAAAACCCCACCCCUCCUCAUCGAGCACAGCAUCCAGGCAACCCAUGGCAGGGAUUCCCUUUUGAAUGAUAAUGUACAGUAGAUAGUUUAACAUUCAUAAUUUAUUUUUGUCUGAGUUUUGAAGGAAAAUUCAGGACCUCUGUAAGUUUUCUGAUCUGAACAGAGAAAAAAAAUGACAUUUUGAAACUAAGCAUGGGCUACAUGUGUGCUGGGAAGAGACUAAGACUGGGUAAGGAUGAUAAUGAGAGACAAAAUGCGUUAAAGCGUUGAUGUAUUGGAGGCGGACAGCCAACAGUGGGGAGUCGCACAGCUGCAAUAGUCGGUCUCUCAGGUGAGUGACCCAGACCAGGAGCGUCACUACAAGCCUUUAUCUGGCUGCCGUUGCUUUCAACAUAUUGCUGUCUUGGAAGGAAAUCCCCAAACAACAAGCAAUCUCUCUUACCACAGUUCAACCAACCUGCUUUACUAUGAGUUUACAGCGCCGAGCCCCAGUACCCCACCUCUUCCACUUCCAUUCCGUCCCCUCUAUGGCUAACAUGGGGAACAAGGAGCUCAUGGAAAACAGCGUGAACACCAGCAUGAACAACCUGCCUCGCAACCGGACUUUCUCCCUCGCUAAAACCACCGUACGUGUCUCAUCGUCGGAAUCCCCCCAUAGCUGUCAAAGCAUGCCCCGUGCAGCUUGCAAAAAACGCAAAAGCUGCCCAAAGACUGCAUGAAGUGGACAAACUAGAGAUGAAGACUCAGCUGACAGCUAAGGAAAAAACAAAAAAACCUCUUCCUCUCUGAACCUGCUCAUCUCUACGACACGUCAUCAUCAUUCGCAAUCAGAUGUCACUACCAGACGGAGUUAUCUGUAUGUGUGUGGGUGUGAGUGGACACAAAGCCCCCUCCUCUCCAUUUGACAUUACAGUUUCAAGUCUCAUCUCAGGAUUGUUCGAGGACUGUGAAACUGGACAGGACCAAUUAUUGUGUGAAGGAAUGUUCUUUGAGUGGCACAUGUUAUGGACCAUGCAGGAAUAUUUGAAAAAGGUCUUACAGAUAGCCUUGAUGUUCAACCCUUUAUUGCUGUAACGGACAUUAUUGUAAUGUCGAGACCGUUUUAGUCGCGUUCCAGGUGCAGUAUCCCAUUUCUUGAAAUCACUAGGUCCAGCGUGUCCCAUAUACCAUUUUCUAGCAGGGUAAUUUAUACUGUCUGAUGCAUAAUGUUCAAGAAUGCUACUUAUUUUCUGUGCUGUUGCAACUAGGACAGCAAUAAUAUAAGUUGGCACUCAGGUGAGGAAGAAGGUGCUCGCUCAGGAUCGGGGUUGUCUAGCUGGCUAGACACAGUGACUGGUGGCUAGAGGAGAGCAGCAAGUUUAUUAUAGAGGCUAUAUUUUUAAAAUUGUCCCUUUUUUUAAUGGACUUGCCUUCGCGGGGUUUGAUGCUCAGGUUUUGUGUUGAAGAUCAAGAGCCCGAGCAAUAUCAGCAGCCACUAGAUGGUGACAGUUACACAGACUUAUUUUGCCUUGUGUUAUGUAAAUGUCCUGGCACCAUCUCACUAGUUUUUUAAACACAUCAAGCUGAUUUAUCAGAUGUUUCCCCCCAGUAACCAUCCGAGUCCUAGAAUCCCAGCAAUAUUACUUUUUUUCAUCUGGUUGUCUUUGAAAAGGGAUACUGCAUCUGUGAGAGCUCUAUUUUUCUUUAGCCCUGUUUGUCAUCUACCUUGCUGAUGUUGCAGUUGGGAAAAAAAAAACAGUCAGCCAGGGUUGAAUCUACCAAUAACGAUUUCAAGAUGUCAGACGGCUGAGAUUCUGUGUGAGGAACAUAAGCCAGAGACAAGGCCACGGAGCAUUAAGCUGCUCUUGGCUUCCAGCGACCUCAUCUCAGUGUUACUCCUGUAUAUAAACAUCUGUAAAUGUAAUGUGACCCGUUUUUUGUCCUCUCUCUGUAACGUACCGCACAGCUCUGGCAAGGCCUCGCACUUCUGUCACUCGUGACCAGCUGACUGGUUGAAAAUGAGCAGGAAAUUCUUUAAUCUACACUACAUCAGUAUUGAACACUGCAGGGGAGGGUAUGAGUCGUAAAGCCGAGUAGCACAAGGUGAAUCUAAAACUGUACUGAUGGGUAAAUGACCUUUUGCUCGAGAGCUUUGGAAAGGCUUCCAUCUGAUACUGAAAACAGCUGCUGCCUUUCCUCGAGCCUCCGUCUACCUUCUUCAUUCUUGUUUACGUACGUGUGAAAUAACCUAGUGUAUCGUAAUGACUGGGUAAUCCGAUCAAGCUGUUAAUAACGUUGUCUUUCUGGCAUAUAUCCUGUGAAGUAUGAUUGUGGUGAAGUUUUAAUUUAAUUUUAUUUUUUUUCUUUGUAGCUGGCCUACAUGAUUAUUGAAUUAAUUUAUUUUUUGAAUGACUGGUAAGAUGUAGUGUUCUUUUUAAUUUCGGCAGCUUCAGAAAUGUCAUGACCUAUAAUUUCUCCUGAAAAGUAUUAUUUAAAGGAAGCACAAUGAAGUGGUAUAGGAAGAGGACAGUAUUUAUAUGGUAGAACAAAAGCAUCGUCAUAUCAUUUGACCCUGCAGGGGACCAUUCAUUGUUUAGAUGAUUAUUAUUGCGGGUGAAGUAUUGAAUUAGCAGACUUGACAUCAGUAAUUAGCAACGUCAAGCGUUCCCAUCAUAAGCUGCUAAGAAUCACCUCCAACCGUAAGUCAGUCAGUGGACUGUCACAGCAGGGUAAAUGAGAUGUUAAGCCUGAAGGCACGUGUGAUGCCGAUUUCUCUACUUCUGCGGUGAUCCUUUUCUUUUCAGUUUUAAACAAAAAAAAAUACCAUUUACUUACAUCUGAACUUCUGUGAAACUGUCUCUCUAACUGUGGACAUCAUGUUGCCUCAUCCCUUGUAUCAGACAUCUGUUUCUUUGUUACUCUCAUUUCCAGCUCCCUUUCAUGUCAGAUGGCAUUAUGAUCAACCAAUCCUGUCAGUUUCCUGUAUUAUUCAGUGUACAGUGCAAUGAGUAUCUGGGAGAAUAAAAUCAGAGCAAACAACUGCAUGGAAUAAAUGCUGAUGUACUGUACCCAAA